AAAAGACUGUUAACAAAAGUAAGUAAGCAUUAAAUUUGAAUGCGUUUCUAUCUUCUGUGUAAUAAAUUAUUCAUGACUUUAUGAAUUUUUGUGUGAUGAAUUAUUUAUUAUUUUAUGUUAAUAGUAAAACAUUGGGUUUUUAUUCGUAGAUGGCAGAUAGACGUACUCAGUGCCUAUUGGAAGUGACCAAGCGUGGAUUUACCCUGGACUUUGAUCCAAGCGGCGAAAGGAAUCGCUGCUUCUAUCAGUGUUUGGGUAACCAUUUAGGAGUUGCUGUUCCAGAUGUUAUUGAUGUUCUAGAGAAGUACAUGCUAAAAAAUCGAGUAGUUCCAGUAGAAAAAGAGGUAAAUUCUAAUAUUUAUACGUACAUUUAUACAUAAAACACAUGUGAUAUUAUAUAAUUGUUCAUCCUAUAAAUUUAAUAGUAUUCUUCUGUAAAGAAUACUAAUGAGACAGCAUCUUUUGUAGUCAUAUUUUAAGCUAUUCAAAACACUCACUGUCAUGUUUUUAAUUAACAAAUAUAAAACAUUUUCCGUGUUGAUAUACAGUUAUAUGACUUAUAUCAACACAAGUGGAAUUGGGAAAGCGAGAAAUUGUAUGGAAACACAACGCCCAAAGCCAAAGGGCGGAGUGUUUUCAUACAAUUCGAGUUUUCCCACAAGUGUUGAUAUACAUGUAACUAUAUAUCAAUAUGGAAAAAUUGUUUUAUAUUUUUUUACAAUGUAGCAAUUCAAAAACCUGAAGGAUAAGAAAAAUUUCCGUGUUUACGAGUGGCGGAAAAUUCCCUGUGUUGACAUUGAGUUAUAUCAACACGGCUCUUAGCCAAUCAGCGUUCAGAAUUUACAAAUGCUAUAUUAUACAGUAACAGAUAUAAAACACUUGGCUGCGCCGCGCAUUUUAUAUCUGAUAAAACACUCCUACUUGUGUUUUAGAUAUAUUUAUUAUUAAAGCAUAGUGCUUUAUAGAGAUUUCGAGCACUGAUAAGUGAUAAUCUCGCAUGUGAAAAUUAUUGCAUUUCAAUUAUCGCUUUUCAAAGACUGCCCUUUAAAGAAAAUACAUGGGUGCUUGAAAAUGCCAGAUUUAUUUAUCUCUAAUAUGAAUUAUGAAUUGAUUUUCAUGCAGGAUGACUCAUUCGCAACAGAGGACCUAUGGGAUUUUCUUUCCGAUGUUGAUUUUUCAGCCCUAGGAACGCGACCAUCAACCUGGGAAGAAUCAGUUUUAGGUCUGAGGGACGAGAUGGCCAAUGAUAUGGCCAAUGAUGUGGUCAUACGAUGUGCUGCCUCGCUUUUUUCACUCAAUAUACACAUUAUAGAUUGGAUUGGUGUAAGUACAGUACCGGUACUAUGAUUUUUGCAAAAAUUGUAGUAGAGACAAGUAGGAUUUGUUCAAAUUGCCAUGCAACUGGACCUCAUCAAACUAUUGUUAAUAAUUACAAGACAUAGAGAAUAGUAGAUCUAGAAUACUAGAAUAGUUCUUAUGAGUUACUGUUAAUUGUCCACUCCAUGCAUGCAUGCAUGCAGUAUGGAAACCCAUCAUAUUUAGUCACAAUGUUUUCCUAUUCCCUUUAGAGAGAGACAGUAACUGCCCCCUUCCAUGGUUAUCGCAAGCAGGAUAUAUACAUGGCUUACACUGGAUGCCACUAUAUGCUGCUGUCAGCUUGGAAUGGUAGGAUUUCCGAUGAGAAACUAUUUUCUGUUUCAGGUAAAUUUUCUAGCAUCUCUUUACAGUGCAUCACAACAAAACAUUCUGUGAGUAACUUACUGCAUGGAUUUUCCACAAGUGAUUGCAAGUAUGAAACAGCAUGGGACAAACACCUGUGCUGGGCAUCCUUGCCGUUUUAAUAUAUAAACAAAAGUGCAAAUUUGACACUAUAAUUGUUUGCUUCCUUUGAAAUAUGAUACCGGUAUUUGCAGGGAGCCCUGUAAAGAGUGGGAGGGGGGGGGGGCACUGCAACCCUAGAGAAAACUAUGUUUACGAUUUUUAGAAUGUCAUUAAUUAUUCUUUGAAUAUUUGGGACUUUUUUGGCAUGUAGGCCUUAUGGCCCCCUGGUGAAAAAAUCCUGCGUACGGCCGUGGGUUUAUACGUUUUUAAGGACAUGAAAUCGGAACCACAGGAUAAUUUUUUUGGCCCCAUGAGUUGUUCCAGUAAUUAAUGGUCCAAGGACAGCUGCCCAAAAUCGCAUCCCCAUCUGUCGGUCACUUCACAUAUCUGUUGGUCACUCCGCCAUGUAUAUGGACGUGCUAUAGAUUAAUGCUGAUCAAUAAUAAUGUCUUCUUUAUUUUAUGUAGUUGGAUAAUGUCAAAACUGAACAUUCCCAGAAUCCUUAUGCUCAAAGGGGGCCCCAAGAUGCAUGGAAUAGCUCAUCUUUUUUAAUUAUCUCAGAUGAGGAUGAAGAUAUGGAGUGUAACACAGCAACUAGGCCAGAUAUGGUAGUAAGUAUUGUUAUUUGCUGUUUUGACUCUGGUCCCAAUUCCAUUCUACACAUUCCAUAAUUCCAUUGUUUUAAAAACUUUUAAAUAAAUUGCAGCAUUGACUGAGUGAAUAGAAAAAAAUUGUACAUUUGUACAUUAUACCCAUUUUAUUAUUUCAAUACAGAAAUGGCCUGCCAUUUUAAUUAAGGAUCUGCUCAUUAACCCAUUGAGUUGCAUUGCACCCUGAUGUGCCCUACUUUAUUAUUUUACUCUGUCUAACGGCAGAUUAUUUUACUCUGUCUAAUGCUAGAUGAUUUUACUUGUCAAGGGGAGAGCGCUGGCACUCAAUGGGUUAACUAUGUCAAAGGGGGGCUGGUAAGAUUUAGAAUUUUUUAAAAAUUAAAAUUUUCUAACCCCCUUAAUGAUCCCCCAACACAUACACACAUACUUACUCACUCCCACUUCCUUUUUGACAUGCAGAAAUUCCAAAUCUUAAAUUUUGUGCAAACCCCACAAGCCAGGGAAUAUUGUAAGGAAACUUUUAUAUUACUGCACAGAGCAAUAGAGCAUGACAUAUAGGAUUCACACUGAAAUUGUGAAAUGUGUGAAAAUCUGUAGGGGGUUCUGGCACAAUUUUUCCUGCAAAUUUUAAACGCUACAUUAUCUUAAUAAAUGCCAUUUCCUUGAACUUUACUUGGGGGGGGGGGGAAAUGUUACAGAUUUUAAAAAUAUUUCAAGUAUGAUAUCAUGAUUGUAGGUUAUAUCGUCUGGGGACAGUAGCGAAGAAAGUGAUUCACACAAAAUCCAGAGAAAGCGUAAAAAAGAGAAGAAACAAACACAAGUAAGUUAAUUAAUUUAAUUAAAUACAUCUCAAGAUUGCCUUCUUAGAAAAUACAACAGGUUUAUCUUAUGCUCAAGCUUUACAUUAUACAGGGUUCGUAUGCCCCCUGGAAAACCCUGGAUCUUUAUUUUAGUCCUGAAAAACCCUUGAAAACCCUGAAAUUUCAAAUUUAUCCCUGGAAAACCCUGGAAAACUGAGAAACUGAGCUGGGUGUAGGAUUAUACCUUAAAAAGAAAGAUUGAACAAAAGGUUCUUGCAUUAUAUAUAGUCAAACUAUGAAUAUAUUUCGUUCAAACUGGUACAAACCCUAAUAUAUCUGUGCAAGAUGAAGUACUAGCCGUCGCGAACGUUUCUUAUCUGUUAAACACUUAUAGAUUUAUAUUUCAAAUGUCCCUGGAAAACCCCUGGAAAAAGGAUGAAAAAGUCCUGGAAAACCCUGGAUUUUUUAAAUUACAGUAUGAAGGUGUACAAACCCUGAUUAUAGUAUGUGGUCACUCACUCUACUAAUACACCUUGCCUCACUCGAACUUGUAGGUAGACUCUUCCACUGAUGAUGUAUGUGAUACCCUCAGUUAUAUGAGCUCUUGCAACAACACUCCAGCCAAAAAGCAGAGGAGAACCAAAAAACGAAAUCAAGUAGGUUGAACAAAUCCAUAGAAGUGUGAAGCAUUGAAACUGGUUUGUUGCUACAGUUAUUACCUGAACUUGUUCAGCUAACUGAGGAUUACAUUACAACCCAAAAUUUCACAAUUAGCCUAGUUUGUGCACCAUUCAAUCUUGUACUCAGAGUAUGUGUGUUCUUGGGAAGGUUGGGAUGACUUUUGGAAGAUCGAAUGAAAAUUUUCUCAAUGGUGGAAAAGGAAAGUGUGGAAGUUGCUGAGAUUAAUAUACUAGAUUAUUCAAUUUUGAAUUUUCCCUGAGUUACGUCAAGGGCAACCUGCGAACAGGCAUACUAUAGGUAGGAGAUUGUGCAACACCUCUCACCCACCAUUGUAGUAUAUGCAAGUGAUGGUGUCGCCAAAAGAAAACAAAAUGAAAUCCAUGUCCAUGAGUUGGCCUCAUAAGUAUCUUUGUGUGUUAUUUAGCGUAGCUCUUAUUUUAGUGUGUAACUUGCGAUAUAAAAUUGUUAUGGUGUGCUGGUAGGGCUUUUUACUAUCUUGAAUGUUUCACAAGAAUUUCGGAUCGCUCCCAAGGGGGACGAAUACCCUGAGGUAUAAACAUAGGAAAAUGCAACACGCUAAGGCGAAGGUGACCAAGUUCAAAUUUGGCAAAUGUGUUACUGACUACUGUUAAUAUAACAACAAUGAAACUAAACAUAUUUCUUCUACAAACACAAUAGUAAAUUUAUAGCUUAGCCUAGCUGAAGUUGUGGUAUAGUACUAAAUACCAUAAACACAAUCUAUAUAUGAAUUACCUAACCAAUUCAAUUAUUUUCAAUCAAUAUCAAUGAAUAAUUUUGUGAUUACUGCAUCGAUCGGACAAUUGGAGGGGGGGGGGCGAAUUCCUGGGACACUGUCACAAAGAUUUUUCCGGAAACUGAAUUUUGUCGCUCAGUAUUUUGGAUGUAAUUAGGUUAUUUCGGUAGAUAAAACAAAUAAGAUUGACAAUUAACUUAGAGGCUAAGUGUGCUUAUGGCUGCACCCUUCCAGCUGUGUUUUAAAUGCAAUUUGUUACAAAUUCCAAUGCCUUUUAUUAAAGAUGGAUACCACUGUCAAUGAACUUUCACAAGUAAUGAGUGGUCUUAGCUCUGCUGAAAGUAGUCCUGCAAAAGCUACGAAAUCCUUAAGUGGAAGCUUUGUUGAUGUUGAACCAAAGAGGCUGUUUACUGUCAAAGACGACGAGUAAGUUACAUCUUACAAAAUUUCCCAUGCCAACAAAUUAUCAUUUAUUGAAAAACACAUAGUACCUUGCCAAAAAGCGAAUCACGAUUUCCCAAAGACGCGGGCCCGAUUUGGAAAUUUUAAUUGCAUUUUAUUUUUUCUGUAGGAGGAACGAUAAAUUCAUAUACCAAGAAGGAAAGCGCUCAUACCUAAACCAAGAUGCCGUGAAUAAAUUAGAGUCUAUAUCUGUUGAUAAGGUCCCCCCAGCACCAAACGGCCCAGUCAAAUACCGGGUGAAAUACGUUGAAAGUGAUCCUCUACGCGCCGUCUCGGAUAACUGGAACUGGGGGCGUGCUCAGCCGUGCCCAAGAAAGGACUUCUGUAAUGCAGGUAGAAGGACUCUCCAAAUAUGCAAAGGUUCCUUCGAAUGUGUGAAUCCUGGCUGCACUUAUAAGAAAAUACAGAAUACAACAAACAAGGUAGAUUUCUCAAAGUCAAAAAAGUGUACCCACUGCAAAGAAAUAGCCCUACACAUAGAAUGUUCUGCCAGGAAAUAUGUAGAAAAUGACCGUUGUCAUAAAAAAAUUAUGGUAAUAUACGUCGAAACUCACGAUUGCACUCCACGUGCCGAUGACAGUAAGCCCAGCAAAGAAAGCGUUAAAGAGUAUCUUAAAACGCGACCAACAAGCUGCGCCAAGCAAAUACAAGUUGAUAAAGUGAGGGAGGCAUUGUUGAGUGGGAAAAACUGCGAGGAGGUCAAUGACGUCGCAUCGCAGUAUAGCAACCAAAGGCAUAUCCAAUACCUAAAGACCACCAUUGACAAAGAGAAGAGACCAGGCGGCUCCGACGUUGAAGCGAUACGUAAUUUAAAAGAAGACUUUUCUAAGAGAGGCCUGGAUGAAAACUUAAUCAUGGAAGUUGGUGAUGAUUUUGUUAUUUUGUCAUCUGCUACAAAAAUACGACUCGCAGCUUUAAUAACAUUCGGGAUAGUUACAGAGCCGCUUAGCCUGGAUGGUUGUGAAAGUUUGGCGAAAGACUUUACAGAGGUGGAAAUGACCACAUACUACCCUCUGUUACGGCGUAAUGUUAAACUGGUGAACUUGUUCAGCCCAAAACCUGGCGAAAACUCGACCAAUGUCGCCAAAAUGGUAAAAACAUUUGAUGACGCAGUCAAUAAAAUGUUCCCUACAGUUGCAGAGGAGUAUGGACUUGACCCCUUAGAUUAUAUUGGCAGGGGAUUGGACCCUGAAUCGUAUGUCGGAGAUGAGGGCGGUGGACUUUGGAAAGGGUUGUGUCAGGUGAAAGGCAGAGCCGUAAAAAAUAAAACAAUAUCAGACCUAUUCCACUUUAAACAAGAUGUUCGAAGUUUGAAAAGUUCGAAGUUUGUUCAAGUUUGA